AUGGGGUAUUCAUGGCAUCAGAUCACUAUCGUGAGCCCGACGCGAGUCUCACUGCAAGUGAGGCCGGGAAUCCUCAGUCAUGAUGCACGGCUACUCCAGGGACAGGAUCCCGACCCCCGAACACUGGCGUUACCGUUCAGCGCCACCAAACGAUGCAAGCGUCAAGAUGCUCAGCAAACGGAGGGAAUUGAACACCCUGUCCUACGGAUCACAAUCAUGAGAAGAAUGGCGUUCUCUCACCGGCCCUUGCUGACCCCAACGGCCCGCAGCGGUUAG